AUGACGAGCACAGGUGACGACGACUCGACAGCUUCAACUUCAGUGGAAGGGUCUCAAGCUGUCGUUUCAAGUUCGAAUCCUGCAUUCACCACACACGCCCGCUCUGUCCAAUCGGAUGAGGCAGUAGAUGAGGAACCACUGGUGAAGAAGCGUCGCACCAAGAACUUCCAGUUACGUGAAGAUCUGGCGAAAUCUCGUGGCUCAAUGACGGUCCACGUGCCUGCGUUUGAACCAUUGACAUUUGAAUCGUGGGAAGACUUUAUACAGGCUUGGAAUGGUUAUAUGACGAACACAAAGACCAUGUAUCGGCGUCGCAGCUCGUCUACUACGGUGUACUGGAACAACAAACACAAGUAUAAGAAGUAUCCAGUACCUGAGGAUUUUAAGUACGCUACAAUGGCCUAUUGGUGCACUCAUGGGUGCAUUCAACCGUCACGGGGUAAUGGGGUCCGGACGCACUUGCACAAUCGAUAUACAGGCUGCUCUGCAAGAAUUACGGCCGACGUGGUGUUUGAAAUAGUAGAGGGAGACCCUAGCAAAGUUCACUGGCUGGUUCGUGUUCGCAACCAGAUUUCGCAGCAUAACCAUCGCAUUAGUGACGAGAUCUACAACUGCUACACUAACAACAGCUCUGUGCCAGACGAGCUAUUGCUAGGUCCAGAUGCUGAGAAGCACCACAAGCAGGAGCCGCAGCAAGAUGCAGUAUAUGAACCGUCAACUCGUGCGCUGUCAAACGAGCUGGACCGGAUGGGAGUUGAUCCAGGCUUCUCGUUGCGAUCUUCUCCAGAGUCAAAGGUGAAUAUAAAGUCGAGUGUAAUCACCGCAGCAUCAACAGUCUCUGAUUUACUGCUAAAGGAGGCGCUGGCAAACGAGCACAAAAUGAAUAUGGCGGCCUCGGAGAUGCAGCCGCUGCUUGAUGAGCUAAAGAAUACCCCAUCGCGUGUAAUUCAUAAGAGGCUACAGGAUGUAUCGGAGAUGGUCGCGCAUUUGCAAGCUAAGUGGCACCAGGACCGUAUUGUGGAGGAAGCUGCACACGCUCAUGCCGUCGCGCCUGUUGCGUCUGGUGAAAAGAAUACAGCUGCAUCAAGCGAAGCACUUGGCAAGGCAGCUGUCAACAGCAUUGCCUCGAUAGCGAGCUUGCCUCCAGGUGCUGCGUACUAUUUAACGCCACGUGCGGAACAGAUACUAAAUGAAGCAGACCGUGUGGCCCCAGUGUCUGCUAGUACUGAUAGUAGGUCGGGUGAUGAAGCUAUAUCUGCUUCAAGCGAUCGGGAACUUUCCGAAAAGAGUCGACAGGUCCUGGAGAACCAGCGUGGGCCUUCUGAAGCGGUUUAA